CUUCACAAUGAGCUCAGCUCAGCUUACCAUUGCAUCUCCUCCUUGAGCGCUCCCCGCUGUCACUCAAGAGCUGCAAGGCGUUCGACAGCCAAGAAGACGGCUCCCUGCACCAAAGUCGCGCCGCCAUCGAAUGGUCUGUCCCUCGCUGCGCCGAGUCGCCAAUCUUUCUGCGACCUCAAUUCGACGAAGCAUCAUGACGACCGCCUCGGCAGCCUCCUCUUCGCGCCACGAUCCCAGGCUGACCUUCCAAUCACCCGCCCAACCUCUCACCCCGCCGGCCUUCUAUCGUCCUACCGGCCCCAAUGCCCGCCCACCACACUGGCAGCGCCUAGAGCCUCGCGGCUUCAAAUCUCCCUGGCCCUCCUCAAACCCACGCAUCACAGGGCUAUGGAGCUUCCUCCGUACACGCUACUACGACGCGCGAGACGAGUGGCAGGAGCCACCUCUCCCAAAGAAAGGGGAAGGGAUGCCUGUAGUACGGGAGGCAAAGUGGCUCGAAGACGGCGGACGUGAGGAGGAUGAGCGAGUGCGGCUCACCUGGCUUGGUCAUGCGAGCUGCCACCUUCAACUUCCCUUACACGACUCGGCAAAGACGACCCUGAACAUCCUUACCGACCCGGUACUCUCGCAUCGUUGCUCGCCUGUGCAGUUCAUGGGCCCCGCACGCUACACUGAGCCUUGCACGAGCGUCGAGGCUAUGGCGCAGGACGAUCGUGCUUGGCCACACGUUGUGGUCCUCUCGCACAACCAUUAUGAUCAUAUGGACUAUGGAACAAUCAAGGCGCUACUUUCUCGGCCAAAUGGGAGAGAGCAGCCCCUUUGGCUCGUGCCUUUGGGGCUGAAGAAAUGGUUUGAGCAACAUUGCAAGGAGCUGCCGAGCGAAAAGGUCGUCGAAUUGGAUUGGUGGGAGGAGACCAUCGUGGCUGCAGGUGAAGGUCGGGCAGGCGUCAAGUUCACUUGCACACCUGCACAGCAUUUCAGCGGGAGGUCGAUCAAUGAUCGCAACCAGACGCUGUGGGCUUCAUGGGCUAUGCAUGUCCUACCAAGCGACACGUCUGCGUCACGGCAUCCCAGCGCUCGUAUCUGGUUCUCUGGCGACUCAGGGUAUCGUUCCCUCCCUCGCGGCUUCCCGACCGAUGGUAGCGGCGACGAGUCCUCUCUGCCACACUGCCCCGCUUUUCGCGAAAUUGGCCAGCUGCUCGGCCCAUUCGACCUAGCACUGAUAGCCUGCGGUGCCUAUCAGCCACGCAGCAUGUUCAGCGAGCUGCACAUGAAUCCUCGCGAGUCGGUUCAGGUGCACAAGGAGAUUGGGGCGAGGAGGAGUGUGGGCAUUCAUCAUAGUACUUUCAGGUUGACGAGCGAGGAGGUCAAUGAGCCUGCGAACUGGUUCGUGGAGGAGGGCAGGAAGGCAGGACUGGGGGAAGGUGAGGUAGGGUGCUUGGGUAUUGGAGAGACUAGUGUGGUCAAGGUGCAUGGACAGGAGGAGAUGGAGGGCCAGAAGGCGGCGCUGUAAUACCCAGGCGGGCGAUAUUAUGUCACAAACUCGUGCAAUUAAUAGAGAAUGGUAAUUC